GAUCACGGCAUUGUCCGUCCUUGCGACUGGCGCAUUGGCUGCGGUUGAUUAUCCUCCUAUUCCCAGCGACUUGACGACUCCCUUCCAGCAGCGCCUUGCUGUGUAUGGUCCUAAUGGUAAGGCCUCGACCCAACCGCGACACGUGAUCUGACGAACCCAGCUGUAUCAAUUGGAUGGAACACAUACGAAAAGCUGGACCAGAGCUGCGUCCAGUAUGGCACUUCCAGUAGUGCGCUGACCUCCAAGGCCUGCUCGUCCAUUUCAACGACGUAUGCCACCUCGCGCACGUACUCCAACGUGGUGGUGUUGACCGGCCUCACACCCGCCACCACCUACUACUACAAGAUCGUCGCGGGCAACUCGACGGUCAAUCAUUUCCUCAGUCCGCGAACUCCAGGUGAUACUACUCCGUUUAGCAUGGAUGUUGUCAUUGAUCUUGGCGUGUACGGCAAGGACGGGUACACCGUUGCUUCAAAAAAAAUCAAAAAGUCGGACAUCCCGUACAUCCAACCCGAGCUCAACCACACCACCAUCGGCCGACUGGCCAGCACAAUCGAUGAUUUCGAGCUCAUAAUCCAUCCGGGAGAUACCGCAUAUGCUGACGAUUGGUAUCUGCGUGUCGAUAAUCUCCUCACUGGCAAGGAUUCCUAUCAGUCGAUCCUGGAGCAGUUCUACAACCAGCUCGCCCCCAUCGCCGGCCGCAAGCCCUACAUGGCCAGCCCAGGCAACCACGAGGCAGACUGCACUGAGAUCCCGUACACGUCCGGCCUCUGCCCCGAGGGCCAGCGCAACUUCACCGACUUCAUGCACCGCUUCGCCAACACCAUGCCCAGGUCCUUCGCCUCGUCCUCCUCCAGCACCACCGCGCAGUCCCUCGCUUCCAAGGCCAAACCCCUCUCGAACCCACCCUUCUGGUACUCCUUCGAAUACGGCAUGGCCCACAUCGUCAUGAUCGACACCGAAACCGACUUCCCCGACGCCCCCGACGGCCCGGACGGCUCCGCCGGUCUCAACGGCGGGCCCUUUGGCAGCACAACCCAGCAGCUCGACUUUCUCGCCGCCGACCUCGCCAGCGUCGACCGCACCGUCACCCCCUGGGUGAUCGUCGCCGGCCACCGACCCUGGUACACCACCGGCGGCAGCGGCUGCGCGCCCUGCCAAGCCGCCUUCGAAGGCCUGCUAUACAAAUACGGCGUGGACCUCGGUGUCUUCGGACACGUGCACAACUCGCAGCGCUUCCUGCCUGUUGUGAAUGGCACCGCCGACCCCAAGGGGAUGAACGACCCCUCCGCGCCGAUGUACAUCGUUGCCGGCGGGGCGGGCAACAUCGAGGGGUUGAGCAGUGUGGGCUCGAAACCGGCGUAUACCGCCUUUGCAUACGAUGCUGACUAUUCCUAUGCGACGGUGCGGUUUCUGAAUCGCACGAGCUUGCAGGUGGAUUUCAUCCGGUCGAAUACCGGGGAGGUGCUGGAUUCGAGUACGUUGUAUAAGAGUCAUAAGACGCGGUUUGUGGUGCAGUAGUUUUUAUUUGCUCUGCUCGCUUCUCUUGCAGUGAGGAUAAUGUAUAUACAAUGCAAUGCGAUGCGGUGGGUAAGGUAGAAUAGUCAGCGACCAGU